AUGUCGUACGACAUACCAUUCUCAUUACGUCAAAACACCAACUUUUUCUACUAUACCGGAUUCAAUGACCCCGAGGGCAUAUUGGUGAUGGAAAAGAUAUCAGACAACCUUCACACCGAGACCAUGUUUGUGAGAGAAAAGAUACCUGAAAAGGAACUAUGGGAAGGUCCACGAUGCGGACCAAGUAAUGCAGUCUCUAAAUUUGGUGUCAACAAUGCCUAUACAUUGGACCAACUUCACAUAUUGAAUGAUAUCAUUCGUAAAUCCUCAAGUAGAGGUAUAUUUAUUAAUAGCGUACGUUGGGAUAGUUUAAAAAUUGAUUAUAAUAACAAAACAUUAUAUGAUGUUGAACCAUACUUGCAAAUGUCAAGAUUAGUAAAAUCACAAUCGGAAAUUAAAAUGAUGAUGGAGAGUGGAUCGAUUGCAGGUCAGUCGUUUCAAGACAUGAUGAAGUUUGUCAAGCCUGGCAUGAACGACUAUCAAGCCAGUGCAUUCUUUGAAUUUAGUGUAAAGAAUCGUGGUGCACAACACGCCCAAAAACAACUGUACGAGGCAGUGUUGGACGUUAACAAAAAAUGUAUCGAGAUGUGUCGUGCUGGCGAGACAAUCAACACUAUCCACAGAUACUCUGUCGAGUUGAUCAUUGGUCAUUUGUUGCGUCUUGGUAUUCUCGAUAGACAACCUGGUACUUUAUCCAGUACACCAGUAAGCAAACAAGAGAUUGAGGAUAAUGUCAGAAGUGGCAAAUACCACAAAUACUAUCCACACUCGAUCGGACAUUACUUGGGUAUGGACACACACGACACCAUGUCUAUUCCCUAUGGAGAGAUACUCAAACCAGGUAUGAUCAUUACCAUCGAGCCUGGAAUAUACAUAAAUGAAUACGACCAUGAAGUGUCAGAACAAUGGCGUGGAAUCAAUAUACGUGUCGAAGACGAUGUCGUCAUCACUGACACCGAUCCCAUUAAUCUAACUAUCGAUGCUCCCAAAGAAGUUGACCAUAUUGAAUCCAUAAUGAAUACUAGUAAUAUCUGCCAUGUCCAUGUGUCAGAUUCCCAAAGAUUUAAAUUAUAUUUUGUUGAGGAAGAAAUCGUUCUCGACGAGGACGACGACAUGGAUGAAGACGAAGAUGACGAAGACGAAUACUUUGACGAAGAUGAGGAUCAAGACAAGGACGAGGAAGACCAAGACGAGGACGAGGACCAUGAAGACGACGAGGACCACGAAGAACACCGAGACCAAGACUUUGAGGAAGACGAUGAACUUUUGGACCAAUACUUUGAGAAAAAGACCGACAAGGCCCAAUAUUUGGAACAAUUAGAAUACAACAACAUUAUUCGUGGUGAACUCGAAACACGCGAGUCCUUUACCGACCUUGGUGACGACUACUCGCCUCAAGAAGUCGCUCAGUUUGAAAAACUCCAAGACGAGAUUCUACCUGCGACCUAUUGUUAUGAUAAAGAUUACCAGAAUUAUCGUGUUGCCAACGAUUUAGUAAUUUCUCCAUUACUCGAAGAAAUGUCACAACGCCUUCAAAACAACAACACACUAACAUCACUAACCAUUAGAGAUGGUUACCAAGAGAAUCAAAUUUAUGAACAAAAUCAAUUGAUAAAGGAUUGUUUUGCCAAUCUAUUAUUAAACAAUCAAACCAGUUUAAAACACUUGGAGUUUGAAAGAGGUGAGGAAUAUUUAGAUCAAAGAUUCUAUCAAUCCAUUGCCAAUAAUACUUGUUUGGAAUCACUUAAAAUUGAAUUUUACUAUGAUUAUCAAGAAUACCAAAAACAAAGCGUAAUAUCAAUUUGUAAAUCGCUAUCUAUCAAUAGAUCACUUAAACAAUUGGAUAUUGGAUUGGUAUCAGAUAUAGACCAAGAUUUAAUUGACCAAUUCAAACAAAUACCAAAUAGAAAUUGUUUAAUAGUAGUUUAUAAAGAUAAAGAAGCAUUGGAAGCAGGUCGUUGGCCUUUGGACCACAGUUAUUCGUUUAUUUAA